AAGUAACACGCGACACAAUUGACAAUAACACAGCGGAAUUUUUAAUGAAUAUUUAUAUUGUGUAUAAUCUUAUUGUUCAAUAAAGGUAGAAAAAAUACUUAAUAACUGUAUUUAAGGAGGAUAUGUCCGCGGGGGCGUGAACGCAGCACCCCGCGUGCGGGUUGUGAAACAGAAUGACGCAGCGGCGGUGAAAUACUUUCACUUCCUGCAGCAGAGAGCGGGCAGAGCGGAGCCCAGCCGUCCACAGAGACACCCAACCGGGACAUGAAACAAUAGUUAGUCCCUUUUACUGUGAAAUGCUGUGUUUACAGCGCUCUGCAGCGGACCCGACACAGUGAGCUCAGCUGACUGAUCCACAGUGAAUAUGCAUCAGAUAGAAGAAGCCAACAUGUCGUGCCUGAACAUCCUCACCUACCACAGAGAGCUGCUGGUGUCCAGGCUGAAGAGUGUUCAGUGCAUUCUGGACAACAUGCUGGCCUGUGGCUACAUCUGUGAAGAGGAAGCUGAGAUGGUACAGCGGACUGUGACCAAGACGGACCAGGUGCGCAAAAUCUUGGAGCUGGUCCAGUUCAAAGGGGAGGAGGCCUGUGAAUACUUUCUGUACAUCAUAUAUAAAGUACGCGAAGCGUACAUAGACCUCCAGCCAUUGCUGAAAGAGAUCAAUUACAACCCAAGCAAUGACAUCGCUGUGAUGAAUGUGGUUAACACAGAUCCCAUCAGCAGGUAUUGUGAGAAGUUGAGGCAUGAGAUGAGCCGGGACACCUCCUUCAUCAUGUCGUACGGCCAGAGAGAGGAGUCCCGUCUGGAGGAGCUGUACACGGACACACAGAUAGAACUGCUCAACGACUGCAAUGAAGGUCAAGGCUUCUUAGAGAGUCUGGACCAGCUCCUAGGAGACCACGCGGUCUUCAAUUCCCAAGGUGAAACCAUCUGUGUAAUGGGGGAUGCCGGCGUGGGGAAAUCUAUCCUCCUGCAGAAGCUCCAGAACCUCUGGUCCAAGAAAGAGCUGCAGACAGACGCUAUCUUCUUCUUUAAGUUCCGCUGUAGGAUGUUCAGCGUAUUGAAAGACACAGAACAGAUCUCCCUCAGACAACUUUUGUUCAAAUACAACUGCUACCCAGACCUCGAUCCAGAUAAUGAGGUAUUUGAUUACAUCCUGCGCUUCCCUGAGAAGAUCAUCUUUACAUUUGACGGCUACGAUGAGAUUCAGGAGGAUCUGGAACUGAUGGAUGUACCUGAAGUGGUGUCACCAGAAGACAAGGCACACCCCCUUCAGCUGCUCAUCAGCUUGCUCUGUGGGAAACUGCUCAAGGGCUCCCAGAAGGUGCUGACGGCCCGGACAGGGAUCGAGAUCCAGAAAAAGGUGAUCAGGAAGAAGGUGGUGCUGCGGGGGUUCUCCUCUGCUCACCUGAAGACAUACCUUGACCUUCACUUUAAGGAGCAGGAGCACAAAGAGCUGGUGUCGGUUCAGCUGGAUGCCAGCCCCCACCUCUCCGGCCUGUGUUCCACCCCACUGUUCUGCUGGAUUGUGUUCAAGAGUUUUAAACACCUGCACAGCAUGCACGAUAGUUUUGACCUGCCCGAAGCCUGCAUCACCCUCACCGACAUCUUCCUCCUGCUGUCCGAGGUGUUCCUCAGCCACUCAGCCUCACCUGCACCUGCUCUGCUGAAGAAAAGAGCCCGGUGUACCUCAGAGACAUUCAAAGGAGGCCUCAGGUCCCUCACUGCAUUUGCCAAAUUGGCACUUCAGGGUAUGGAGAGAGGUAGCUUGAUCUGCAGCCAGGAGGAGAUCACAGAGUGCGGCCUGACAGAGGAGGACCUACCCCUGGGUUUUCUUAAAACCGUCCGUGAGUAUGACAGCUGUGGAAGCCCUGCUACAUUUGAGUUCCUCCAUGGCACCCUCCAGUCUUUCUUAGCGGCGUUUGCACUCAUAUUGGAUGAGCAGGCUGCUGUCAGCUCCAUCCUUAAGUUCUUUGCAGAGUGCAGCAGGAGAAGACAUUCCUGUCUGCCUUUUGACUUGUGCAUCAGGAACUCUUCAAAGCCCAGUGAGAAGGAGCCGUUUACAAGUAACGAACACCUUCAGUUCACUAAUCUGUUCUUGAGUGGACUGCUGUCCAAGGCUCACACCGGCUUGAUGGAGCAUCUUGUAUCUCCUGGGUUAUUAAAGAAAAAACAGGCCUUACUUAAAUCCUACCUUUCCACCAGUGUGAAGUCCCACCUCUAUGGUUUACCCCAUUAUGAGAGCGACAAGGGCAACAAAGUCCACGUGUUGCCCAACUUCCUGUGGAUCCUGAGGUGCGUCUUUGAGACAGGGAGCAAAGACAUCGCUCGGAUGACGGCGAAAGGCAUCACAGCCGACUCCAUCAAGCUGGGCUACUGUAACGUGUUCUCAGGCGACUGCACCGCCCUGAACUUUGUACUGCAGCACCGCAAGAAGCUGCUCGGCCUCGACAUGGAUAACAACAACAUCAGUGACUAUGGGGUGAAGCAGCUGAAGCCCUCCUUUUGUAAGAUGACAGUAGUGAGGUUGUGUGUGAAUCACCUGUCUGACAGCAGCAUGGAGGUUCUCGCUGAGGAGCUGUGUAAACACAAAGUGGUGAGGGUCUUAGGGCUUUACAGCAAUCACAUCACAGAUGUUGGAGCCAAGCUAGUCGCUCAGAUAAUUGAGGAAUGCCCAAAGCUGGAAGUUGUCAAGAUUGGUAAAAACAAGAUCUCUGCUGUUGGUGGGAAGUUUUUGGCCAGUGCGAUUCAGAAGAGCACUUCUAUAUUUGAUGUGGGAAUGUGGGGGAACACUAUCGGUGACGAGGGAGCAGAGGCAUUCGCAGAAGCUUUGAGGCAUCACCCGCGUCUGACCAACCUCAGUCUCUCAGCCAACGGCAUCACAUCUAAAGGCGGGAAGUGCCUGGCAGCAGCGCUGAAAGAGAACAGCGUCCUCAGGAUAUUCUGGUUAGUGCAGAAUGAGCUGACUGAUGACGCAGCUCCACACUUGGCUGAGCUGGUCCAAGCGAACACAGGUUUAAGCCACCUCUGGUUAAUCAGCAACCAGUUCACUGUGGACGGAAUCAAACACCUGGCUGAGGCCCUCACUCACAACACGGCACUCAAAGAGAUAUGCAUAAAGGGAAACCAGCUCACUGAAGAGGAACAGAAACAGUUUGAGGAGGAGAAGAGGCUGCGCUUCCACUGACUGGCACUAACGAGAGGAACGUGCACCGACACGUGAUGCAGUGUGUGUGUUCACACUAUCCGCUUCAAUGUACAAUACUGUACAAUGAUGACAUCGUUCAUUGUUUGUUUUUUGUACUGAAACUGCGCGUCAUGUUUCAUGUAGGGGAUGUUUACCUGAAAGUGUUUUAAAUGAC